CUUCUCUUUGUUCAAAUUGAUUGCUUUUGUAGCUGAAAACAUGGGGUAUUCAUUUAAGUUUCAUUGUUUCUUUGUGUGGAUCAUGGUGCUUUCGUCUACACUGUGUUACUCCCAGGACAAUUUCGUUAAGUCCAGAGCAACUUAUUAUGGCAGCCCCGACCGUUUAGGGACUCCAAGUGGAGCCUGCGGGUAUGGAGAGUAUGGAAGGACUGUGAAUGAUGCGAAUGUGGCUGGGGUUUCGUACAGGCUCUACAAGAAGGGAAGUGGUUGUGGUGCUUGCUAUCAGGUUAGGUGCACAAACCCUCAGCUCUGCACUGAUGAUGGGGUGAACAUCGUGGUGACCGACCACGGUGAAGGCGACAAAACCGAUUUCAUCCUCAGCCCCCGCGCUUACGGUAGGCUAGCGAAAUCGGACAAAGCGGACGAGCUGUACGCUUUCGGAGUCGUUUAUGUCGAAUACAAGAGAAUCCCCUGCCGCUACGGCGGUUACAAGCUGCAGUUCAAGGUUCAUGAACAUAGCAAGUACCCCAAUUACUUGGCCAUUGCGGUCUUGUACCAAGCCGGAAGAAGCGAGAUCCUCGCGGCGCAAAUUUGGCAGGCGGAUCGUAAGGAGUGGAUAUUUAUGAGGAGGGCAUAUGGAGCAGUUUUCGACACGAACCCACCAUCAUCGGGAUCCAUCAGUUUGAGGUUCCAAGUGAGUAGCAGCGCCGGGGUGUAUUGGGUGGAGGCAUCCAACGCCCUCCCCAAUAACUGGGAAGCUGGAGUAGCUUAUGAAUCCGAUGUUCAGCUUGAAUGAAGCACCGGAAUUGUGUUUUGAGAAUAAAGAAAGCCUUCUAAAAGAUAACUAGUUUCUUCAAUUAUGGUUGUUUCAUUAGUAUUAUGUCGGUAAGUAGGAGUUUAUA